AUGGACAGGAACUUUGACAUGUUCAUGAAGUUGACUGACCACAUUCUCUUCAUCAUCAUCUCUUUCUUGUCCUUCAAGGAAGCGGCAAGAACUUGCGUUCUAUCCAAGCGUUGGCGCCAUGUAUGGCGCGCAACAAAGAGGAUAGAGUUCGACGAGAGAUUCUUUGUAAGUGUUGGCGAAUCAGAUGAAAGCCAAGAAACUCAGAGACGGGUUUUCAUCCAUUUUGUACGACAGUGGAUGGAGAACUAUCGAGAACCGAAUAUAGAAAGCUUUCAACUCACAUGCUUGAAGCCUGGAGAUUUUCGCGGGGAAAUGGAGCUUUGCAUUGCAUUUGCCAUUAAGCGCAAUGUGAAAGUGUUAGGCCUUGAUUUUUCUGACCCAACUUGGAGGGAAGACGAUCUAGAUCAUGACCAUGCAGCGUUGUUUGAUUUGCCAUUGAACGUGUAUGGACAUGCAGUUCUUGAAUCUCUCAAGUUGUUUUCUUGCAGUUUUCGUUUGCCUGAGUUCAUGAAUUUCGGAGCACUUAAGGAUCUAUCCUUGGGUUGGCUUGAGUUAAGGAUGUCAGUUAUCGAAGCAAUCUUAGUGAAUUGUCGGCUGCUUGAGAGUUUGAGUUUGAACAAGUGUUGGAACAUAGAGCAGCUUGAUAUUAAGGGGCCAAAUUUGCGGCUAAGAAGUUUGGUCAUCGACAAGUGCAAAUUUCUUGAAGGUUGGUAUGCCAUAGAAGCACCCAAUUUAAGGUUCUUGAAAUAUUCUGGGGCAGUGGGCUUUUUUGAGGUAGAGAUAAACCGGGAUUGCAUGGAAGAGGCAGAUCUUGAUUUUGGGCUUGAGUUUGAAUUUAAUGAAGCUUUAGGUGAUGUUCUUUGUGGACUCCUUGAACAACUUUACCCCAUCAGGAUUUUGACAGUUUGCAGUUACAUGCUUCAGGUAUGA